CUCCUUGUUGUGGACGGUGAGGUGGUUCAUGCACUCUGGCGGGAGAGGGGAAGGGUCGGGAUCUUGGCCUCCUUUCCGGGGAGCCCAGGGCUCCCCCCCCCCGCGGCCAAGCCAGCCCCUGCCAGCGCCCCCAACCCCGAACACCAACUCUGGUUGGGCGUGGAGACCCGUGGCCAACCCUGCCUCGGCUUUGGGUCCACUCACUGGUCCAGAAGCAGCUGUAGGUGCCCACCAAGCCCAUGACGACGCUGCUGGCCAGGGUCCAGCACGUAGGUCCUGCCAACGGGGACAUUGCCCGGAAGACCGCACUGCAACCAUCCAGUAAGGACCCAUCGCCCGCCCGCAGACACCGCCUGAGUCCCCCACUUGUCCCAGCAGCGACAGUGCAGGACCCCCACGGGGCACUGAGCUGCCAGCGCUCUAAUCUCUCAGGCAGACGCUGUGAUUCCGUGCGGAGUCGCGAUCCGCUCACAGCACAGGAAGGUGGUGUGGAGACGACCCGGUCUGCGCAGCGGCUGACGCUCAACAAGGUGGCCAGGGAGCCUGUGCUGGACACCUUAGUUCGGAUCCUGGCUCGCUGUGACAUCACAGUGCUGCAGGAGGUGGUGGACUCUACUGGCAGUGCCAUCCCGCUCCUGCUUCGAGAACUCAAUCGAUUUGAUGACUCUGGGCCCUACAGCUUCCUGAGCAGCCUCCUGCUGGGGCGUGGCACGUACAAGGAGAAAUACGUGUAUAUCUACCGGUCACACAAGACGCAGGUCCUGGAUUCCUACGUGUACGACGAUCAGGAUGACCUCUUUGCCCGGGAGCCCUUUGUGUGCCGGUUCUCUUUGCCCAGCAAGGUCCUUCCCAGCCUGGUGCUGGUCCCACUGCACACCACGCCAAAGGCCGUAGAGACGGAGCUGAACGCCCUGUACCACGUGUUUCUGGACGCCUCCCAGCGCUGGCAGAGCGAGGACGUGAUCCUGCUUGGGGACUUCAACGCUGACUGUGCUUCGCUGACCAAAAAGCACCUGGAUGGCCUAGUGCUUCGGACUCAGGCUGGCUUCCACUGGGCCGUCGCUGAUGGCGUGGACACCACGGUGCGGGCCAGCACCCGCUGCACCUACGACCGCAUAGUGCUACACGGGGAGCGUCUCCAGAGCCUGCUGCGUGGCACAGCCGCCUUCGACUUCCCCCGCAGCUUUGGGCUCUCCGAGGAGGAGGCCCUCAACAUCAGCGAUCACUUCCCCGUGGAGGUGGAGCUGAGCUGUGCGGUGCACAGGGUCCAGCCCGUCAGCCUGGCCACUCCGGUACUGUCACUGCUGCUUCUCCUGCCACUCCUGUCCCCCCAGCUGGGCCUGGUGGCCUGAAGCCAGUGCGUACCAGCUGCCCACAGAUGUGAGGCCUGUGCUGUUUCCUGGGCUCAGACCCCUGCCCCCUUCUAUCCUGCCCUGCCACUCCUGUGUGCCUUUGCUUUGCCUCACGUUCUUUGGUUGGGCCUGUGCUUGGCAUCGGAAUGUGGAAGAGGAAGGCAGGGACCCUGAGGCUGGAACCGUGCCACCAUUCCCCCAGGUAGUGUCAGGAGUGAGGACAAAAAGCAGGCUCCAGGGCUUGGUGGGGGGGGGGGGGGUCGGGGAACUAAGAUCCCCCAUGCCGCAAUGAAGAUCCCACGUGUCACAACUAAGACCCCGAUGCAGCCAAAGAAAUAAAAAAAUUCUUAUUGUAUGACAAGACCAUACACGCUGAGAACAGAAAGCUAGACUGCAGGGAUAUUACGUGUGUGUAGCAGACAUGGCAAAGGGUCAUCUUUAUCGUACACGGGACUCAUAUGAACCAACAAUUAUCAAGACCCCACUAGAUACAAGGACAGAGACAAGCAGUUUACACACACACACACACACACACACACACACACACACACACACACACACACAGUAACUAGUCAACAGAAAAUGUUUAAGUUCAUUGUAACCCAGCUAGCUGCCCUGACAUCUCUGCUCAAGUCCAUGUUCAGAACCACCAUGCAGUCUGGCCCCCACCCCCCAGGAUGCUGUCAGGCACUGCUUGGAAGAGGCUGGUUACCAAGGCUACAGGUGUACACAAAGUAUCUACAUAAAACCGAUUAUAGUAUCUACAAAAGUUACUGUGUAACCAUAAUAGCUACUAUGUGACUAUGUGAUCCCUCAGGGGAAAGGGCUACAGGAUACAACAUACGCUGAAGUAACAAUGACUCCACUUAGUGUUAUCACAGAACUCCUCCUUCCCCAGCUCCAUUUCCCAGAGAACAGAGCUCAUUAAAGACGGCCAGCAGGACAUCA